AUGUCCCCUGACCCGGACGCACCACCCUCCCCGCCGCCGGUCGCGGGGGCGGCGGCGACCGAGCCAAGGCGGUCCUCACGGAAGCGCUUCAAGUCCGCCGCGGCGAUAGAGACCGAGGCCGAGGCGGAGGCCGAUAUCGAUCGCAAAAUCCUGCGCGGCGAGACGCGCGCGCGGCAGCGCAGGGCAGGGACGGAGAAGCCCGGCCCUGGUGCCAGUGCAAUAGUUGCGGCGGAGAUGGAGGGUGCGGAGGCUGAGCUCGACGCGGCCGAUCACGGCGCGUCGCGCGCCCAGCCGCGCGGCAAGCGCCGCCGGAGCAGAGCGGCGAAGGCGAAGCCUCGCACGCGUCGGAGGGCGGACAAGGAGAAGACGAAGGAGUCGGCGGAGGCGGAGGAGCCAGCGGCUGCCGACGACGACGUGUGCGCGGAGGAGCCGGACUCGGAGGAGAUAGCGAUGGAGGAGGAGGAAGCGGUGGCCGCGCUGGAAGCCGAGGAGGAGGAGGAGGCUGGGGGAGAAGGGUCGGCGGAGAAGGUUGGGGCGAGGAAGCGGGUGGCGCGGCCGAGCACGGAGAGAAGGGUGGACGGUUCGGUGGACAACUUCGUGGGAGAACCGAUGCCAGACCAUGAGGCGAGGCAAAAAUGGCCGGAAAGGUACAUGACCAAGGGAUCUGAUUCACCCUCUAGGCGUUCUGGUGAGGACGAAGAGCUCAAAGCCAGAUGCCAUUAUAGAUCGGCAAAUGUGGAUAAUGUGAUCUAUCAGCUUGAUGAUGAUGUCUAUGUCAAGGCUGGUCCCAAUGAGGAAAAUUACAUCGGUCGGAUAACAGAGUUCUUUAAGGGACUAGAUCAAGGAUCCUAUUUCACGUGCCAGUGGUUUUUCCGUACAGCAGAUACAGCUAUCUCAUCAAAGUUGCUAAAAGUUCAUGAUCACAAACAUGACCACAAGCGAGUUUUCCUUUCAGAGGAAAGGAAUGAUAACAUGAUCGCGUGUAUAGUCUCAAAAAUUAAGAUCAUUCAUGUUGAUCCAAAUACGGCUCCCCAAGCAAAAGUUCAGUUCACUAAAGAUUGUGAUUUUUAUUAUGACAUGUCUUAUUCAGUUGCAUAUUCAACAUUUGCGAAUCUGCCAGCAGAUAAUGAUGGUGUUUCAAGCAGUGCAGCAUCAAAUAUUUCUGAUGAUGCUGUUGAUUCUUCCAAGGAAACACUAGUUUCUUGCUUUCAGGCAUCAUCUGAUGCACACGCAGAAACAAUAUCAUUGCUGGAUCUUUACUCUGGAUGUGGCGCCAUGUCAACUGGACUUUGUUUGGGUGCUGCGUUGUCCAACUUUAAAUUGGAGACUCGAUGGGCUGUAGACAUGAAUGCAUAUGCUUGUGAAAGUCUCAAGUAUAACCACCCACGUUCAAAGGUGCGAAAUGAAAAGGCUGGGGAUUUUCUUGCCCUCCUUAAGGAGUGGGAUGCACUUUGCAAGAAAUACAUUGUCCAGAAAGACACUACUAUAGAAUCUGAAGUAGCCCAGUCCUUAACUGAUGAUGAAGAUGAACCUGUUUCAGAAGAAAUAUUCGAGGUAGAGAAGCUUCUUGACAUCUGCUAUGGUGAUCCAAAUAGCACUGGACAAGUUGGCCUAUGGUUUAAGGUGCGAUGGAAAGGAUAUGAUCCUAGUUAUGAUACAUGGGAGCCCAUGGAUGGUCUUAGGGAUUGCCCGCAAUGUAUCAAAGAUUUUGUAGAAAGUGGAUAUAGGGAAAAUAUUUUGCCCUUGCCUGUACUACCAAAAUUUCCAUUGCCUACCCAUGAUGUUGUUAAGAGAGGAGUAGUGCCAAAUGCAUUUGAGCAAAGUGUGGUAGCAUAUGAUGAAAUAGAAGCUCCACGCUUGAGGAAAGCUCUUUUCCUUGCAGAUGCUAUAUCUGAUUUACCAGAGGUUGGAAACAAUCAACCCAAAGAUGUGAUGGAUUUUAUUGUUGGCCCUAAAACAGAAUUCCAACGCUACAUCCGGCUCAACCGUAAAGCCAUGAUGGACUACUCUUUUGAUGGAGAGGCUUCUUCUGGUGAAAGUAAACUGUUUGAUCACCAACCUCUAAGACUAAAUGAUGAUGAUUACGAGCGUGGAGCCAACUUUCGUGAUCUCAAAGGCGUCAAGGUGCCUGACUAUGCUAUGUCCUUUAUCAAGGGGAAGUCACUAAAACCGUUUGGACGACUGUGGUGGGAUGAGACUGUUCCCACUGUUGUUACCAGAGCUGAGCCUCACAAUCAGAUUAUUUUGCAUCCCAGCCAGGCUCGAGUUCUGACCAUCCGGGAAAAUGCAAGACUUCAAGGUUUUCCUGAUUAUUACAAGUUGUUUGGCCCUAUAAAGCAGAAAUAUAUGCAGGUUGGCAAUGCAGUUGCUGUUCCGGUUGCUCGAGCUUUGGGAUAUUCUCUUGGAAUGGCAUACAUGGGCAGAUUGGAUGGAGAUGGACCACUGUUCAAGCUGCCCAAGAGUUUUACGAGAACUGGUGUGUUUUCAGGAGGCGAAGAUGUAGAUGUGGAAGAAGUGCUCGAUUGAUAAUUUAAUGCGUUCAGCUGAUUUCAGUGCAUCGAUGUGAUAAGAUGUUAUCUUCUGCUAAAAAACUGGCAGCACUUCGCUGCACCUGCAUUGUCCAGAGGUCACAUUGAUUGAUUGGGUAACCCUGAGUUUCUGUAACAUUGGGCCUGUUCGCUUCAGCUUAUAAGCCAGCUGAAAAGCUGAAACGGCUGAUUUGUUGUGAGAGAAAAAUACUGUUUGGUAGCUGAUAAGCCGACUGAAUAAGCUGAAGCGAACAGGCUGAUUAUUAGAACAAACAAUCUCACUUGAGGCAUUUUCCUGCUUUA